AUGGCGUUUAAGAUUCACGUACACCCUUCAACAGUAAGCAUUAGGCAAGGACUUUACCCCAAAGGGAGCCCUUCCAGAAAUUCUCGAAGGCCUAAGCUGAACCCAGGCCUAAGAGGGGGUUUGGAAAUAGUUUUCAACCAGCAAUAGACGCGCCUCGGUUAGAACCUCACUAGCUGCGUCAUUGCCCCAAGCGCAAAGAUACUUUACUAAGACCACUGCAAUCUCAUUUUAAUGUAGCUUCUGUCAGUUUCAAUUUUUGUUUUAAUCCAUGUGGGACUUGAGCCAUUGCUAACUUCAAGUUUGUAAAAUGACUAGAAGAUAUUUUGAAUUCUUGAGGUUCAGAGACACAUACAGCAGAAAUUAAAGCUAAAGCUGUAUUUGACCUGAAGCUGAUGAAAAUGAGA